AACAUCUGGCAUUCGUACCAAACCACAACGAGUUGUUUACAUACGAUCAGCCAAAGAGAACGCGCCCAAUUUGUCCCUAUUUUGUUUUGGAAAUCCAACAACGAAUCAACGAAGUUUUAGCAAUACGAUAAACUCUACCCAUAACUCGCCACGAUGUCGGAAACGGCGGCACGUUUGCAAUCGCAUAACCAGGAAAUGGUAAAGUGUCUCAGUCAGCUUCGGACCCAGCAAACAGCGCUGGAGGAACGGAUAGCAACGCAGGAAAAGAAAAAAGACUCGCUCAGCAAGGAAAUGGAGAAGUUACAGCGCAUGCUAGACCAGCUUGAAACAUCUAUUGCCGAGGAUACGAAAAAAUUGAACGAUUGUUCGAAGCGGCUCACCGAAACGGAGAAUGGUUACACGAAGGUGGUGGACACGUUGCAACUGCUGCUGCUAUCCGCCAAAGAGAAAACAGGCAGCACCAGCGUUACCCCGCACGAUGAUGCAAACAAACGUUCGAGUUAAUAUAAUGACCAGGCUAUGCAGUGAUUAAGGCAAUACAUUCUCUUUAGUUGAAUCCAAGACUUAA